GUUAUUUUAAGUUAAGUUUUAUAUUGCUAUAAUGUCUUAUUAUAAUAAGGAGAAAGCUCUUCGACUUUGUUCUGAAGAGAGUGAUAAGUUUAUGACAUAUGCUAGCCAAAAUUUCAGUAAUGUACAAGACUACGUCGAUCCUAUAUCAUCUAUUCUUGCGGCACAAACUGAAAUCGUUCAUAUACAGAAAUUGGGGCAGGAAGAGGUUUUAUCGAUAGAAAGAAAGUAUUCAAAACUUUGUAAGGAAGUUUAUGAUAAGCGAUCUAUUUUUAUCUCUCAAAUUGAUGAUUUCUGGCUUAAAGUUUUUUGCAAUGACGGUUAUAUCAACAGCAUUUUGACAUCGGAGGAUUAUGCACUUCUUAAGUUUGUAAAGCAGUUUAUUAUCGAAGAAGGCAUCGGCGUAUGCGGCGCUAAUUAUAAAUACGUUUUUACAUUCAAUGAAAACCCCAUUGUUGCUAAUCCUUCGCUGGAAAAGUCUUAUACAUAUAACGAUUUUGGAGUUAGCUCCGUUACCACCACAAAGAUUUUAUGGAAGAGAGAUUUGGAAUGUGAACCAAUGGACCGUCGCGUGGAGGACGGUCAUCCAGUAAAAAGGCCUCACGAUGCUUCUAUCUUUUUUAACUGGUUUGAGCAGGAGGACGAUGAUAUCUAUCUACAGGAAGAGUUGAAGAACAUAUGGAACGAUCCUCUCAGCUAUUAUAAAGAUAGUAAUAAUGAGGAGGACCAAGAACAAAGUUAUGCGGAAAUACAAGACUUAAGUAACGAAGCCUUAUUAGAAGAAGACUUACCAAAUUCAAAGGAAACAUACUCCUUUGAACAAGAAGAAAACGCGGACGGAUUUUUUAACGAUAAUUCAGUAUAUACCACUGAAUUUACAGAGGGUGAAGAAGCCGCUAAUAUUAGUGGGCAGUGCGAGGAUAACAGUAAUUUGCAUGCUUCCAAGACAGUUAGUAGCGCUUACGUCGGAGUAGGAACGGAAGGAAAUGUGGAGGAUAAUUGUGAACUCGUUGAAAAGGGCGUUGUGCCGGCCGCGAUUUACGAAGAGCCUAUUCUCGGGGAGGAUGGGGAGGAGAUCAACUAUGAAGGCAAAUAUCCUUAUGAUGAAGAGGCAGGCGUCAUUGUUUACGAAGACAAAUUAUUCUUCAGUAGCUAUCAUUCUAGUAAUGCGGGAGAGGAGGACGAGCAUCUUGCUGGGGCCACUGCUCUUGAAAGCCAGAGUAGUCCUUGUGAUAAUACUCGAAAUAUAAUAAAUGAGGGGGAAGAAAAGGGCGUGGGAGAAGCCAUGAUUGGCCUAGAGUCUUCCUUCCGACCCCGAGAUUUUAUAAGAAACAAGGAAGAGGACAAAGGAAAUGAGGCCGCUUCUGAGGACGAGUAUUUAGAUUUAGAGGAGGACCUAGUGGGGGGCUACCAUUCUCUAAAUGACGUUGAAGCCCUUGAAGCUCAGCAUUUCGUCGAUGAGUGUGCAGAGGAAAAGUUGAGCGGGGAGGUGGCCCCUAGUGUAGGUGAGGGACGCAUGGAGUUGGGCUUGGCGAAUACUUCUUUGACACUGAAAGAAGAAUUUUUGGACAGUCAGUUUGAGUAUGUAUAGUGUAUUCUUAUAGUUAUAUUAAUCGAGUAGCUAGAGAGCUCUGCAGCAGAGCACUCUUAUUUAGCGAAGUAAUUAAUUACUUAAUCUAUAUAUUGCUUAUAGUCAGUGUAGCUAUAACUUGUUUACUUCAGGUCUCUUUCAGUAGGCUUUUUGUUAUAACAUUGUUAUAUCAGUAUAUUUUUCUAUA